AUGACUGAAGGUAAGCCAAUUGAAUGUCUAGCUGCUGUUGCUUAUGAAGCUGGUAAACCACAAGUGGUCGAACAGAUCGUUGUUGAUCCACCAAAGGCUCAUGAAGUCCGUAUCAAAAUUGUCAACACCGCAGUGUGCCACACAGAUGCUUACACAUUGUCCGGUGCCGACCCUGAGGGUUUGUUCCCUUGUGUCCUAGGUCAUGAAGGUGCUGGUAUUGUUGAAUCUGUUGGUGAUGGUGUUACCAAUGUGAAGCCUGGUGACCAUGUCAUUGCUCUUUACACUGCUGAGUGUCAGAAGUGUAAGUUCUGCUUGAGUGGUAAGACCAACUUGUGUGGUGCUGUUAGAGCUACUCAAGGUAAAGGUGUCAUGCCAGAUGGUACUUCUAGAUUCCACAACAAGAAGGGUGAGUCCCUGUACCACUUUAUGGGAUGUUCUACUUUUUCUGAAUAUACUGUUGUCGCCGAUGUAAGUGUUGUAGCAAUUGACCAAACUGCUCCAUUAGAAAGUGUAUGUUUGUUGGGUUGUGGUGUUACCACUGGUUAUGGUGCUGCUGUUAAGACCGCUAAUGUUCAAAAGGGCGACACUGUUGCGGUUUUCGGUUGUGGUACUGUCGGUUUGUCUGUUCUGCAAGGUGCUCAUCAAAGAGGGGCUUCUCGUAUUAUUGCAAUCGACACUAAUGAUCAGAAGAAGGAUUUCUGUACCCAAUUUGGUGCCACUGAUUUCAUUAAUCCAACUAAGGACUUGAAAGAGAAUGAAACUAUUGUUGCCAAACUAAUUGAAAUGACAGAUGGUGGUCUAGAUCACACUUUUGACUGUACAGGUAAUGUUAAUGUUAUGAGAAGCGCACUGGAAGCUUGUCACAAGGGCUGGGGUCAAUCUGUUAUCAUUGGUGUCGCGGCUGCUGGUCAAGAAAUCUCUACUAGACCUUUCCAAUUGGUUACUGGUAGAGUUUGGAAGGGUUCUGCCUUUGGUGGUGUCAAGGGUAGAUCUGAAAUGGCCGGUUUAAUCGAACAAUACAAGAAGGGUGAAUUGAAGGUUGAUGAGUUCAUUACACACAGAAGAUCAUUUAAUGAAAUCAAUGAGGCAUUUGACGACUUGCACAAUGGUUUGUGUUUAAGAACCGUUCUAUCUUUCUCAAAGUAA